AUGCAUGUUAUGGUAGAUAAAUCAGUCAAUCUAGACGACUUCUGGACGGUCGAAUCAAUGGGAGUUGAUGUGGGUAACUGUGAUUGCAAGGCCAAACUUAGUGUAGUUGAGAAUAUGGAAGCGAAACUCAUCGAAGAAUCUAGUAGUAAAGUUAGUAACCAGUGGUUGAUUCCAUUACCAUGGGCUAAAGAUCCGAUGCACCUCCCAAACAAUAAAGUCCAAGCUACAAAGAUGCUGAAUGGUUUAGAGAGACGGCUAAAGAAGAACGAAGAACAUGGUGCUGCUUACCAAAGGCAGAUGGAAGAAAUGGUAGAAAAGGGAUUCGCCAGAAAGUUGGAGGAAACUGAAAUAAAGCAGUAUCAAGGACCGGUUCACUACCUGCCACAUCACGCUGUUGUGCGAGCCGAAAGUAAAAGCACUCCAGUGAGAAUAGUAUUUAACUCUGCGAAUAAAUGCAAUGGUGAAGCCAUCAAUGAUUAUUGGAUGAAAUGUCCAGAUUUACUGAAUAAUCUGAAUGGUGUUUUAAUGAGAUUUCGAGAACGAGAAGUAGCUGUAUGCGGCGACAUUUCAAAGAUGUACCACAAAGUAUUAAUACCUGAGGUGGACCAACAUAUACAUAGAUAUUUGUGGCGAGAUCUAGAUGUCAAUCGACCACCUGAUACCUAUAUAAUGCAAGUUUUAACAUUCGGUGACAAACCAGCUGCUGCAAUGGCGCAAACUGCUCUCAAACUUACAGCCAAGAGAGAGAGUGAGGAAAUGUAUCCUAAAGCUGCACAAGUCCUGAAGAAUGAUACCUACAUGGACGAUAUUUGCGCUUCAGUGAAUAACGUUAAAGAGGCCAAAGCUCUCACCGAAGAUUUAGAUAUCAUAUUGAGCAAGGGAGGAUUCAGCAUUAAAGAAUGGAUCUCCAACAAGCUACUAAAAUGUGAUGUUAAGGAUGCAGAUGAUCGGGAAGAAAAUGAACAAAAGGUGCUUGGUGUUCGAUGGAAUUAUGCCGAUGACACGCUGUCUCUUAUACACAUCUAG